GACCCCACCUCUUUCUCUCUUUUACCAGAAACCUCAGUGAACCUCUGGUGAGAAAGAUCUCAAGUGAGAAAAAAGGAAGGAAAUUGGGUCAAGAAAAUAUGAAAAAAAGGGGAACGAAAUGAAAUCCGAGUUAAAACAUUUGUUGGAUAUGCUUGCUGAGUGAUUUAUGCAGCAUCUUUGUGCUAUGUUUGAUGUACCUUGGUCCAAAUUCCCCAAAGAUCCAUGAGGGCAAAGUGUGUACUGAGGAAAUCCAGGCUGAGGGAGGACAAAUGACUGGCACAGGAGCCUAGUGCCUAGUUAGUAUCUGUGGUAGAAUUCGAAUUGAGGUCUUCAUGUCAAGGGUUCUAGCUACUGCGUUUUGUGGGUACGAAACUUAGUAAACUUCCCCUCCUCAGGCUCAGCAAAUGAGGUCCCGGAACAAACCUUAGUCAAAUUCAACUGGGUUGAGCAGCUACCCAUAGCCAAGGACUCCCAGAAGCCUUACUUUCCAUUGGCUGGGAUCUUCCUGGAGCGGCCUCCGUUGCCUUUUUCUUCUUUGGUUAUCUCUGCUGUCAAUCUCCUCCCGCUAUCCAAUUCCCCGCCUCGGGCUCCUCCCGCUUCUCUCUUCCCGAAAGGGAAUGCCAGGUCUCUUGGAUGGCGCGAGGUGAGCAGUCUGUCUCGCCUGAGGCAUUUCCCGUUCUAGCUCACCCUCUCCGCGUUGCGCCCCGCCCCGAGAGGGUGUCCUCGAGCCUCUGACCGAGGUAGCUCAAGCCCCGGGUGCCCGCCCCGCCCUCGCCCCGCCCUCGCCCCACCCUCGCCUCGCCCAGGGCCCCGAUCCCUAGUCUCCAGGGUGGAGACCCAGGCAGCCAGGCGGGAGGAAUGUGCUGGAAGGAGGCGACCGCGGAGCAGUGAGGCGGUGCUGAAGGGACAGUUCCCUCCGCGAACCUUCCGCCCCCUACCCAGGUGCACAAGCCACUAGGCAGCAACCUACAACCCCGAGCUCAAGAGACUAGCGGGCGCGAGCGGGAUGUGAGCCAUGGAGGCCAUCUGGAUCUACCAGUUCCGGCUGAUCGUGAUCGGCGACUCCACGGUGGGCAAGUCCUGUCUCCUUCACCGUUUCACGCAGGGCCGCUUCCCGGGGAUGCUGUCCCCAGACUGCGACCCCACGGUUGGCGUGGACUUCUUCUCCCGCCUGCUGGAGAUCGAACCCGGCAAAAGGAUCAAGCUGCAACUCUGGGACACUGCCGGGCAGGAGAGGUUCAGAUCAAUAACUCGAUCUUAUUACCGCAACUCAGUUGGUGGAUUUCUAGUAUUUGACAUCACAAACCGGAGAUCUUUUGAACAUGUGCGAGAUUGGUUAGAAGAAGCCAAAAUGUACGUGCAGCCAUUUCGGAUUGUAUUUCUAUUAGUGGGACAUAAAUGUGAUCUUGUGUCACAGCGUCAAGUUUCAAGGGAAGAAGCUGAAAAAAUGUCAGCAGCCUGUGGCAUGAAGUAUAUAGAAACCUCAGCAAAAGAUGCUACAAAUGUUGAAGAAUCUUUCACAAUCCUGACAAGAGAUAUAUAUGAACUUAUUAAAAAAGGAGAAAUUUGCAUUCAAGAUGGUUGGGAAGGGGUUAAAAGUGGCUUUGUUCCAAAUAUUGUGCAUUCUUCAGAAGAAGCAGUAAAGCCUAUGAAACAAUGUUUUUGCUGAAUUCAUAAGCAGCUCCAAAAUGGGUAUGAGUAGAUCAGGUUUUUUUUUUAAAACAAAAACCAACAUUAAGAGCAAAUUGAUAGUUAUGGAAGCAUAAAAAUCAUUGAUUUACCCGGGUAACUAAGCAUUGUUUUUGCGUUCAUUUAUAAGAUAUUUAAUUUAAAAUAUUAAGACAGUAAUUAAUAUAUUAAUAGUUAAGGCAAAAAUAUCAUUUUGAAGAUUUCAAUAUUUAUAAACAAAAGUGCAAUAUUUACUUAGCAAGUUAACAUAUCAAAGAUUUUGCCUAGGAUUAAAACAAAAGUCCAUUUUCAAGGGACCAGAUUUUUCAUGCAUUCCUAUGUUUUAAUAAGUAUUGAAUGUGAAGAAAUUAUAUAUUAUAUUAAUAUUAUUUUCCUUUAAUGGCUCACUGCUUCUGAAAUAUAGUUUUUAUGUUUUAUAGAGACAGCUGAGAUAAGUCAAAAUAUUAUAUUCCCAAUAACUUUAAAGGAAAUUAAAGAAUUGUUCAUAAACAUACAUUUGAUAUAAUUAUAAUAAUAUAUUUUAAAAUUCCUUACACUCAUAAAAUCAUAGAUCUACCUGAUAAUUUCAAAGAGGGGAAAUUCAGUUAAUCCAGAUCCAGUUUGUGGCCUGACUUUAGGUGUACGCAAAUGUGAGAGACAGUAUGUGGCAGAAUGGUUCGAGAGUUAGCCUGGGACUGAGUGGCACUUAUGAAUCAAGUCUUGCCUCUGACAUAUAUUGGCUGUGUGAUCCUGAGCAAGUCAUUUCUUAGUGUACUAAAUAACCAAAAAGUUUAGUUUCCAAACCUAAUAGAGAAUGUACCAAUCCGCAUUGAGAGAGGAAGUUCUUUACCAGGAGGUAAUUACUUGUGCUGGUGAAGUACAAUUAAAAACAAAAAGAAAUAAAAUAUAAAAUAUUUUGGUCAGCAGUUCUAGUUGAGUGUAUUUUUAAGCUUGAAAAAUUUUUAUUAUUAGAUCCAGGAAGCCUCAUUUCUUCAAUGAGGAUGUAGAAGGGGGAAUUCUAAUAAAAUUGUAUUAUAUCAACAUUGCAAACUAGUUUAUAGAAAAGGAAGGUGUUUAAAACAUUUAAACUUUCCAAUAUCAUUAAUGAAAGAGGAAUUUUUAUGAGGGAACACACACA